CUGUAGAGAUUCUUCUGGAACCAUUUUUGGUGAUUCACCGAUAUUUUCUACCAUCUCAUUUUAAUUUUUUUUAUUUUAAAUUUUUUUUUCACAGAUCGCUAAUUGCAAAUAGAUGUUUAUAAGCUAACAGAAUAUUCAACCAUGAGUACUUCAGGACUUACAGAAGAUGAGCUUCAGGAUAAGCUUAUAUCUGAAUGGGAAAAAUUAAGAUAUACCCCUAAAGCUGGUGAACCAGCCUUACCUCCACAAUUAUCUGACUUUGCAGAAAAGACUACUGAAGAUGUGAUGAAAGAAUUGAAUAGACUUCCAUUUUUCAUGACUGAAUUAGAUGAAACUGAUGGUGAAGGCGGUGAGAAUACUACACUUGAAGCAUUGAAGAGUUUGGCAUAUGAUGGGGAACCUCAUGAAAUUGCUGGUAAUUUUAAGAAUCAAGGUAAUGAUGCUUAUAAAACCAAACAAUAUAAAGUCGCAAUUGAAUUUUAUACUAAAGGUAUUGAAGUUGAUUGUGAUGAUAAAGUCAUAAACGCUGCAUUAUAUUCUAAUAGAGCAGCUUGUAAUCUUGAGUUGAAGAAUUACAGACAAUGUAUAGAGGAUUGUAAGAAAGUUUUAGCAAUCGAUGAAAAGAAUGUGAAAGCAUGUUUCAGAACUGGUAAAGCUUUCUUUGCUGUUAAUAGAUCUGAAGAAGCAUCUCAAAUAUUACAGUAUGGUUUAUCAUUUGAUCCUGAAAAUAAAGAUUUCAAAGGUUUAUUGGAAACUGUUAUAAAGAAACAAAAACAAAUAGAGGAAGCAAAAUUAAAGAAAGAAAGAGAACUAGAGGAAAAGAAAAUGAAACAACUGAUAUUAGAAAAUUCCAUUAAAUUAAGACAUUUCACCAUUAUAAAAUCAUCAAGACCAGCAGAAAUGUUAGAAGACGCCAAGUUACGUUUAGAAGAUCCUUUAGAUCAUGAAUCCCAAUUAAUAUUCCCUGCUAUGUUAAUAUAUCCAUCUAUUGAUGAAUUCGAUUACAUAGCUGAAAUAAGUGAAUUAUCAACUCCAAUUGAAAUCUUGGAAAUGAUAUUGGAUAGACCUCGUGAAUGGUUUGAAGAUCCAAAACAUAAGGAUUUCACUGUAAAGAAAUUGGAAUGUUAUAUGGAAACUCAAACUGGUGGUUUAAUCAAAGUAGGAAAGAAAAUGGCUAUCAAUAAUGUUUUAAUGAAUGAUAAACCAGUUGCUCCAUUGUUCGAUAAUGGUUUAAGAUUAUUUGUGGUUCCUAAAUCAGAAUCAGCAGAAUGGCUCUCAAAAUGGUCAAAAGAAGCAGCUUUAGCUAAGCGUAAACAGUAAAUAUUAUAGAUUACACAUUACUCAAUACAUAAUAAUACAUAA